AUCAUGACAAUAGGGAGAGAAUUGUUUUUUUUUUUUUUUUUCUCUUUCUUUCCAUUUUAUAUAUUUUUUUUUUCUAUUAUAUUACAUUAUUAAACUUUUUUUUUGAAAUCUUUUCUUUUUUCUCUCUCUCUCUCUCUUCUAUUUACAUUUUAUAUAUUUAUUUGAAUCAACUACUUUGAAUAUGGGUAUUAGUGGUGGUAUGACUCCAAAGGCUUUGGCCAAUCGUAUGAAAGCCAAAGGAUUGUUGAAACUGGUUUAUUAUUGCCAAGCUUGUCAAAAACAGUGCCGAGAUGCAAAUGGUUUCAAGUGUCAUACACAAUCUGAAUCUCACCAACGACAAAUGCUCCUUGUGGCUGAUAAUCCUGGCAAAUAUAUUGUGAAUUAUUCUGAUCAAUUCAAGAAAGAUUUCCUCAGCAUCUUAUCUCGUCGUCAUGGUACUAAACGAGUAUUUGCGAAUGCCGUCUAUCAAGAAUAUAUCGCCGAUCGUCAUCAUAUACAUAUGAACAGUACUCGAUGGGAUUCAUUAACUGGUUUUGUCAAAUAUUUGGGAAGAGAAGGGAUCUGUCAUGUAGAUGAAACUGAACGAGGAUAUUGGAUCACUUGGAUCGACAAUAGUCCAAAAGCAUUGGCAAGACAGGCUGCUAUUCAAAAGAUGGAACGACAGGCAAAAGAUGAUGAAGAACGGGAACAAGAAUUACUCAAAGAUCAAAUUGAACGUGCAUCCAAACUAGCCGAAGAACGAGGCGAUAGCGAACAACAUACAGUGACUGAAUUGAAACGAGAUCAAGAUCAAGGGAAAAUCAAGCUCAACAUGUCAUUAAAACCGAAUAUACCUUCAACAACAACAACAACAACAACACAAACUACUUCAGCAUCACCUAGUUUGACAAUGAAGAAACCAACAGGCAAUAAGAUGAAAUUGAUGAUGGGUGGUAUGAAGAAACAAGAAUCAUCUACAACUCCUACAACUGGAGCAACAGCAAAGAAACCGAUGAUGAUGAUGAAUCUUGGCAAACGAAAAUCUUCUCCAGACAACAACACUGAUGCAUCACUCUCCAUGGAUAAGAAAAUCAAAUCAUCUUAGGCUUUUUAGUUAUUAGUCUCAAAGUGAAUGUGAUGUUGUAUUUACCCCGGUCUUCCCGAUGUUUAGUUGUUAGCUAAUUUUAUUGUAUAUCUUUUGUGAAUAAAGUAAUAAUUAUUUUAUA